CUAUUUUCUGGGGACACCAGAACCGAACAUGGCGACGCUCAGCAGCAGCAGCGGGGAUCGCCUGGGCAGCUCUAAUCUUCAAAGAUCUUCUGUGGUAUCUCCGGAGAAAGUCCGCGAAAUCCUCCGUGAAGGGGUGUCAUCGACAGACGGCGGAUCCAACAGUGAACAUGGAGAUUUGAAAGUUCUGGAAGCAAAGAACAACACUCUCACACCUUGCGACGCAACGAACAAAGAAGCAUUUUUUUCAAGAGUGGAAUCCUAUUCAUGCUUGAAAUGGACAGGCAAACCCCGCAUAUUGUCCCCACUGAUGUGCGCCAGAUAUGGCUGGGUCAACGUUGGCUGCGAUAUGCUCAAGUGCUCCAGCUGCCAGGCUUUUCUAUGCACUUCACUACAACCAACUCUUGACAUUGAAAAAUAUGAAUCCCGCAUUGCAGAGAUAUCAAGGCAGCUUCAGACGCAGCAUGAAAAGUUCUGUCCUUGGCCCGAUUUUCCAUGUCCAGAGCGACUCUGGCUCGUUCCAGCCUGUGAACCAUCAACACUCCUAGCAGCCUUCUUGGAACGCUUCCACGGUGCCUGUGUCCUUGCACAGCAGCUGCCAGCCAUGAAGCCAGAGCAGCUGAAAUCUAUGUCUUUGACUGAGGACGUUAUCAGUGUUAUACUACAGCUUGUUGAGGAAGAACAAAAAAGAAAGGGAGGAACUCCAUGCUCUGAACCUCUGGCUGUCCAGGUGGCUGCAUGCAUCGUUUCUCUCUGUGGCUGGGCAGCAAGCCCAGCUCUGUAUGCCAUGAACCUGCCCAUCCUCACCUGCUCCUGUUGUAUGCGAAAGGUGGGUUUGUGGAACUUCCAUCAGAUGGAGGGAGCAGGUGGUGAUGGAGAGGCCCUAGCAAGCACUCUUGGCCAGUCUCCUCAAGCAACAGGUACUGCCGCAGCAGCAACGAACGAGGCCCAAGGAGACCGUUCCUCAUCUGCCUCACCCACACCUGCCACAACUCCAUGUCGCAUGAAACUUAGGAGCCAGGACACCAUGCGCACUGACCAGGGUGAAGGAAACUCUCCUGUGCCCCUGCGGGCUCGAAGCAGGGACUCACCAAGCCCCAGUGAGGAGCUGCCAAGUCCUUUGUCCAAGGGAAAGAGACCUGCAACUCGCAGCAGAGGACAGGGAGACAAUCUACAACACCCCUCUAAACGCCUGUGCUUUUCCUCCAUUGGUGGUCCUGAUGAGCUCCUUCCCAAAAACACAUUUGACCCUCUCACUCAGCACAGAGACUGGUGUCCAUGGAUCUCUGUGGGACAGGAGAAUGUGGAUGAAGGGGUUAUUCCAUUUGAUGAUGGAGACUCAGAACUUCAUCAGCAGGGCUGGAAGGCUGCACUUGAUCUCCUCAUGCCCAUGAAGAAGAACUCUGGCCCACCAGGAGGCAGUCCAGCACAGGACGCUCGUGAAAAGUCUAAAAGAGUGUUUGCUAUAUUCCGUCAGUGGCAAGGAUCCUGCACUCCGUCUCAGCAGAUUGCUUCCAACGAAACGCCAUCUCGGCAAUGAAUAGAUGGAUCGACGUGUUUUUGCAGUACAGAAACGGAAGCAUCAAUGACAGCAGUGUCCUAUCAUGUCAGUGUGUCAUCCCAUAAUGUCAUGUUUACUGUCGAGGUGUUUCUGGAGGGAUAGAAAGUUUAUUGUGCUUUUAAACAAGUGAGUAAGUAUCUUCUCUGUGAACAGUUAAGUAAGUGAAGAAUGCCUGUAUGGCUUUGAAACACUUGAAUUUUGUGAAAAGCUUGCAGUCUAUAUGGCCUUGCAUUCUGUGUGUGCAUGUAUAGUCAUUAAGUAAUAGUACAUGACUCGGUAUAGAUACUGGCCACAAGCCAGGCACUUACUUAAAGUCUGCCUCAGUAGUGACUCAGUCGUGACAUCCUGAUGUUCUGUGUUUCUGUGGAGUGUAUGAGACAUGGAGUCCUUGAUCAUAAGAAAAGAAAUGGCUCAACACUGGAUUGGUAAUGUUUACCUUCAUUGUAUAUUGAGUCAUUUAUGGGAGUGAAACAUUAACCUCAGAUUAGCAAAAAAAACAAACUGUGAGAAAGUCCUUUUUGUAUUUGUACUGUUUUGGUGUGGAUAUGAGGUGUCUUUGUAACGAACAUUCUUUUUAUUAAAAAAGAAAAAGAAAAUACUGAUUAUUGCAGGCAGGCAGAAAUGUAUCAUGAGCUUAAAACCUGUUUUAAAUUAGAAUCAGAUAUCCUGUGUUUUCUUUUUGCCUCCCUGUGACAUCUCAAUGCUAAUCCAGUCCUCACUCUUUUCUCUUGGUAGAAUUUUCUUUUAAGGUUUAAAUAAAAAUGCUCAUCUGGAGGCUUACACGCCAUUUGUUGUUGCUCUGACGCAAAGCAGGAGUAACAGACAUCAACUUCAAAAGGGCAGCCAUUUUGUAGUCUGCACACAUUUUAACCAAUUGCCUGAUGGUGUGACAAUUAAACAAUGUGUGUCACUGCAUUUUAAAUACGUUCAACAGUAAAUCAAAAAACUACUUUGUCAAAUAAAAUUUUGAAUGAA